CACAAUAACAAUGACAAUAGCAAUAAUUCAUUUUGGACAACCACGGAGCUGUUGAGCGUCGAAUGGAAAAUUGGCUGCCUUACAACGGCCUAUUGUGCUAGACCACAGUUUCGACUAACCACCACGAAUCAUGCAAGCACUGAGAGCAAUUCAAUUACGUGGUUGGUCACUGAAGAUAUCGUACAGGUGAGCAAUAAAUAUCAAUUAGAGAAUGCGGAUCAAGCACGUCCGUUUAUCAGUCACUGGAUUCGGGGAGAGCCAAGUGAUCUGAGUGUGGCAUGCGAGAUCAUUGGUGCCGAUCCAAAAUACGGCUUCCAACGAACGUGUGACUUCACGCCAACUGUGGCCAUAUUCCGCGAAUACACCGAAAACAACACAUCGCAACUCACAAAACGAUCAUCAGUAUGUUGCUGA